GAUUUUAUAAAUUAUUGUUUUAGUAUAGUUUAUUAAUAAAUUUGUCUUUGGUUAUAGGUUUAAAAAAUCAAAAGUAGAGUUUGGGUUUUUAAUUGUAUUACAAGUUUUAAACUAAUAUAAAAUAUGCAGUUAAUUUUUUAUUAUUAAAUAUGUUUAUACUAUACAAUGUAAAAUAUUGGUGAGAAUUUAACAUCUUUGAGAUCAAAGAUGUUACUUUACACCUUUAGUAGAUGUCAUUUUUUCAAACGCAAGAUGAAAAAAUAAUGUCUUUUGGGUUUAGCUUCUGGGGAGGUUUAUGUGUUCCGCCGGUUUCAGUGUAUCCUUCUUAUGUUAUCUAUGAAAUCAGAUGAAAAAAAAAAAAAUAGGCGCACGAUUUUGAUGUGUUGGUGAAAGUUAGUUUAGUUUAGUAUUUACACUGAAAUGUGUAAAUCACUAAAUCAGGUAUGGAACACAUCGACUGGUUUCUCUCUAGUCCAGACACAUAAUGUCGUGACUUAUUUGGCUUGGUCAAAUCCUACCAUCAAUUACAUGACUUAUUCUCUACAAUAAUUUUCUUUUCUGAUUCUGCAGACCCAAAUUUUUGGAUUUGCGGCUCUGUUUUUCUUUACUUUAUUACUUAGACGGUUUGUUCCACCCAUGGUCAGUUUGCCAUAACUUAGUCCAGGUCAAUGUUGUUUUUAGUUAACCAGGAACAUUUCUUAUACGAUUACAAGUGUUACGGCAUUCGAAAAAUAAAUUUUCUCUUACAUCAAAACGUUCCUCAAGACAUAUUUUUUUAGGGCAAAAUUAUUUCAAAAACCAUCGUUACAAAAAAAACCUGUGUAACACCCAUGUCAUCCUCACUUGAGAACGACAUGUCGCCACGCAACAACUUAUAUCUCAAAAAGAUAAAAUGGAGAAAUUCGACAUUUAUAUUAAUUACAUAAUAAAUCCAUAAAUCCAAUAACUAAAAUAACUGAAUAAUAGUCGGUGAAAUCAUAAAACAAAAUUCUGAAAAAGAAAGAAAAAGCACCUAAAACAUCCAGGUAUGCAUUCUGAAGUCUACUCGUCCACCUGAAAAAGGAAAAAAAGAAUGAGUAACAACGGAGUUAUUCAGAGAAGUAUGUGAUGCUAAAACCAAAAUCCAUAGACUCGGACAUAGCAUUCUGAAAUAAUCCUAACAUGUUGCAAACACGACACCUAAAAUACCGAGUCAUCAAACAAUGGUCCUAGUUACAAGAUAAGUGCUCGUACACCCUUCAAUAGAGGCUUCUCCAUAAUGGAUGAUUCAUGUAUAAGACUAGUGCCUACAGACAUCGCCAAAGACGCUUUAUCGACCUCUGGGCUACGACGCAAUAUGUCGACUUAAGCUGGCUGCAUCAUCCACCACAAUGUAUACAUCCAGUCUACAGAAGUACAUCUAUGUAUCCGACAAAUAAUCUUCCAUCUCUUAAUACAAAACUAUAUAUAUCAGUUAUAAAUGAAACAAUGAAGGUUGAACCAUCUAAAUGUUAUAUCCGGUUUAAGCAAAAAAAACUAUUACUAUAUCAAGUAGACUCUAAAGAAAACUGAACAUUAAAUUAGAACUAAACUAUAUUUUUUGAAGUCUUAGGCCCUGUGUGAAAAAUUAAAAAAUAACCCUCACUUUAGUAAUAAAAAAGUGGUGUUUCUGAAUUCUUGUUGCUCAAAUGGAUUCUAAAUCUGAAAUGAGAGUGAAAAAUCAACCGUUGGAAAUUCACACUGGAAAAGGGAGAUCUCAUCAAAAAGGUUUUAUAAAAACUUGGUAAAUGUUUUAGGGAAUUUUCCAUAUCUGGAGAUUUGGGGAAUAUCUCUUAUGAAGCUAUGUUUAUCAGAUUUGAUAUUAGGUAUAAUAAGUCAUAUUCAAUCUAUGUAUUAGGAUCAUCAUUUGAAUUUUAUUCUUAACAUAAGUAUAUGUUUUUAUAAAUUUGUAAAGUGAGUGAAAGCACAAAAGAUUAAAGAAAGAUGUAAGAUUUUGUAUUCGAUAUUAAGACGCAUGACGGUAUGAGACUAGAUAAAUGAAAAAAAAAAAACAAAUCCUGAAUAUAUAUAUAUAUAUAUAUAUAUAUGUAUGUAUCUUUGUAAAGAAAUAUUUUGGUGUAUUUUGUAUCAUAGUUAGUUUUUGCAUUUACCAUUUCUAGUUUUCUACUAAUAAACCAUGUGAGGAAUAUUAUAAUAAAUCACGAGCCUAGUGGAUGGGAUUAUUGACUUAGACAACAUGACGGUUGACUUCAAGUCCAUGGUGGGGAUUAUUGACUCAGACGACAUGACGGUUGACUUACAAGUCCAUGGUGAUUUUGGGAGUGUUCCACUUUGGUAUAAGUAGUUGUGAGCCAAUGUCGUAUUAUUUCCACAAUACUUUUGUAUAAAUAAAUUUGCACUUGCUUCGUCUCAUAUAUUCACUUCCCUGCAAAUUUUGAGAUGCUCGAAAAUCUUUCUCAAAUACAAAAAAUGAGAAACAAAAGAGUGUUUCUUUUCAUUGCUCUCACCAUGUUACUUGAAGCAUAUGGUUUGACCGUUGAAACUGAUAGGAAAGCACUGCAGGAUUUCAAAUCUCAAGUUUCUGGAGACAAACAAGUUGUUUUGUCGUCAUGGAAUAACUCAGUCCAUGUCUGCAAUUGGAAAGGAGUAACAUGCGGCCUCAGACACAAGAGAGUCACUCGUUUGGACCUAGGAGGGUUGCAGUUAGGGGGAGUGAUAUCACAAUAUAUCGGUAAUCUUUCGUUUCUCAUAUCACUCGAUCUCUCUAAUAACACUUUUGGUGGAACCAUACCCCACGAGGUGGGAAACUUGCUUAGACUUGAUUACUUAGAUCUGAGCUACAAUUCUCUGGUAGGAGCGAUUCCAGUCAGCCUAUUUAACUGCUCUAGAUUGUUGGAACUCUAUCUAAAUUCAAAUCCUCUUGGAGGAGGUGUUCCUUCAGAGUUAGGGUCAUUGACGAAGCUUGUCAACUUGGAUCUUGAAAGAAACAAGUUGAAAGGGAGGCUCCCUGCAUCUUUUGGAAACUUGACAUCGCUAAUGAGAGUUAAUUUUAGGGAUAAUAGUUUAGAAGGAGAAAUUCCAGGUGAUAUAGGUAGACUGAAUCAAGUGGUCGAACUUUAUUUAGCAGUGAACAAGUUUUCUGGUGUUCUUCCUUCUGCAAUAUACAACUUAUCCUCACUUAAGUUAUUAACCAUCCGCGAAAAUCAUUUAUCCGGUUUCUUGAGACCUGAUUCUGAUAAGCUGCUACCAAACUUACGUUUUUUAAAUAUGGGACGUAAUUAUUUCAAAGGAGCCAUUCCAGCAUCACUUGCCAAUAUCUCGAAUCUUCGAAUGCUGUCACUAAAUGCCAACAACCUGACUGGAGGUAUUCCUUCGAGCUUUGGAAAAUUGCAGAAUUUGCAACUUUUGUCUCUUUUUAACAAUAGUUUGGGAAGUCACUCGUCUGGAGAUCUUGAAUUCCUUGGCGCUUUAACUAACUGCACCCAACUAAAAACUUUAUAUGUUUUCGGAAAUCAUCUUGGCGGUCACUUGCCAACCUCCAUUGCAAAUCUUUCCACCAACCUCCGAGUUUUAGACCUUGGAACAAAUUUCAUCUUUGGAAGCAUUCCUCACGACAUUGGGAAUCUUAUAAACCUACAAUCACUUGCGCUAGACGGAAAUCACUUAACAGGUCCAGUCCCGGCGUCUGUUGGCAAGCUUUUACAAUUAGAGGUGCUUGAUCUCGUUUCAAAUAGUAUAUCCGGAGAGAUACCAUCUUUUAUAGGAAACCUCACUCGAUUAGACGCACUAGUCUUGGCCAAUAAUAGCUUUGAAGGAACAAUUCCACCGAGUCUUAGCAAUUGUACUUCUCUACGCUAUUUAAUUGUUGAGCUUAAUAAGCUGAAUGGGACUAUACCUCAGGAGAUUAUGCAAAUUCAAUCUCUUGUUGAACUCGAUGUGGCAGGUAAUUAUUUGACUGGCUCUCUACCCAAAGAUGUUGGACGACUUGACCAUCUUGUUCAUCUAGCUGUUGAGAAUAAUAGAUUAUUCGGACAAAUCCCACCUUCUUUGGGAAAUUGUCUCACGAUUGAAUUACUCUCUCUGCAAGGAAACUAUUUUGAUGGAGUCAUUCCUGAUAUUAAAGGGUUGGAAGGUCUUAAAGAACUUGAUUUCUCUAACAACAAUCUCUCUGGAAGUAUACCUAGAUAUCUUGCAAACUUUUCUUCGCUGGAGUAUCUCAAUCUAUCUGUUAAUAAUUUUGUGGGAAGUGUGCCAACAGAAGGGGCAUUUCGGAAUGCUACUAUAGUUUCAGUGUUUGGUAACAAAAAUCUCUGUGGAGGCAUAAAGGAAUUCAAACUAAAGCCAUGCUUUACUACUGAAGCACCACCAUCAAUGGGGUCAAAGCGUUCCUCUCUUUUAAAGAAAGUUAUGAUCGGGGUCAGCGUAGGCAUAACUUUGCUUUUUCUGCUCUUCGUUUCUUUACUUUUGAUCAGAAAAAGAAAGAAGACCCAGCAGACCAAUAACCAAUCUCCUUCCACAUUGGAAGUUUUCUUCCCAAAGAUGAGUUAUGGAGAGAUCCGGAAUGCGACUGAUGGCUUCUCUUCGAGGAAUAUGAUUGGGUCAGGAAGUUUUGGUACCGUCUUUAGAGCAUUUCUCCCUGCUGAGAACAAGGUUGUUGCUGUGAAAGUUCUCAACAUGCAGAGACGUGGAGCAAUGAAGAGCUUUAUGGCAGAAUGUGAAUCUCUUAAGGAAACAAGACAUCGUAAUCUUGUGAAAUUAUUGACGGCUUGUUCGAGUAUUGAUUUUCAAGGAAAUAUGUUCAGAGCUCUCGUCUAUGAGUUCAUGCCUAAUGGAAGCCUUGAUAUGUGGCUUCACCCAGAGGAAGUGGAAGAGAUUCGUAGGCCCUCGAAAACCUUGACACUUCUUGAAAGGCUCAACAUUGCCAUUGACGUGGCUUCUGUUUUGGACUAUCUUCAUGUUCAUUGUUAUGAACCUAUAGCGCAUUGUGAUAUUAAGCCAAGCAAUGUCCUCCUAGAUAAUGAUUUGACUGCCCAUGUUAGCGACUUUGGUCUGGCUCGUCUUCUCCUCAAGUUCGAUCAAGAGUCCUUCUUCAAUCAACUAAGCUCAGCUGGUGUUAGAGGAACCAUUGGCUAUGCCGCACCAGAAUAUGGAAUGGGAGGGCAACCAUCAAUACAUGGUGAUGUAUAUAGCUUUGGAGUUCUGGUUUUGGAAAUGCUCACCGGAAAACGACCAACUGAUGAGUUAUUUGGGGGAAACAUUACUCUCCACAGCUACAUCAAAUCUGUGUUGCCAGAGCAAGUGUUGAAAAUUGCAGACAAAUCGUUUUUUGACAAUGGUCUGAUAGUUGGUUUUCCUAUUGCUGAGUGCUUGACACUGGUUUUGGAUGUGGGACUUAGGUGUUCUGAAGAAUCACCGACAAACCGGCUCGAAAUGAGUGAAGCUACAAAGGAGCUAAUCUCAAUCAGAGAGAGGUUCUUUAAAGCCAGAUGAACAGACAGAGGUUGAAGUGGUUUCCUCUACAAACUUUAAAACUUACUUAAAAGCCUAUUAUGAUACUCUAAAAUACCAUUUCCAUAAUGUGUGGUUUUCUUCUUCUAUAUACUUAUAUGGUUGCAGAAUAUUGUUAAUAAUUGCUUGUUAUUUUCAGACAAAAGAUGAAUUAUGUUACUAGCUUUACAAUAGAGUUUUUUUUUAUUUUCCUA